UAAUGCCCCAAUAGUUGACAGAAAAAAAAAAACACUUGACUUCCCAGAUUUUGAUGUCGUUAGUGAUGCACUGAAUGUUUGUAAAUAUUCUAAGAAUAGAAGUCUUAAGCAUAAGAUUUUUUAAAGAACAUGGAGGAAUUUGUGGUGUAAUCUGAAGGAAAUCUCCGCCAUUGAUUUUGUUGGAGUGUGAAGUUUUUGGAAUACACAGGAAUUGCUGGCCUGAAGCUGUGUGUGCCAUACAAAGCAGUGGAUAAAUGCGGACAGAAAUUAAAGAUGGCUUGGCAGGCAGUAUACUUCCUUCACCUUAAUUAAUGGGGAUCCGAGCAGCAGCUUUAAUAUGACAAUGUGUUAAUUAAUCUGUUAUUGAUUUGUUGUGUGUGGAUGUUUAUACAUGGAGUGGUCAUUCAGACUGGACACUAGGGAGUCAGCUGUGAUGUGAUCAUCAAGUGAGGAACAUUAAUUUAAAAAUAGGAAUUAAUUAACAGGAUGCUAAUUAAGGAGUACAGGAUCCCCCUGCCUAUGAGCGUGGAGGAAUAUCGUAUAGCCCAGCUCUACAUGAUACAGAGAAAAAGUCGUGAAGAGAGCCAUGGAGAAGGCAGUGGAGUGGAGAUCAUCACAAAUGAACCGUACGAAGACGGUCCCGGGGGGAAGGGCCAGUAUACCUACAAAAUCUACCAUGUGGGGAGCCAUUUACCAGGCUGGUUUCGAGCUAUUCUGCCAAAAUCCGCUCUUCGGGUUGAGGAGGAGGCUUGGAAUGCCUAUCCCUACACAAAGACUCGGUACAGGUGCCCCUUUGUGGAGAAACUGUAUCUGGAAAUAGAGACCAGGUACCUCAAUGAUGGAGGAGAGGAAGAUAAUGUAUUCAAUCUGACCUCAUCUGAACUCAAGAACAGGGUCAUAGAUUACUUAGACAUUGUCAAAGACCCCAUCUCCAGCGGAGACUACAAAAAAGAGGAGGAUCCAAAAAUUUACAAAUCUCAGAAGACGGGCCGUGGUCCUCUGACAGACAACUGGCGAGCCGAGUAUGCUCGCGAGGCCAAAAUCCCGGGAAGCAAGAAGUGUAUCAUGACAGCAUACAAACUGUGUCGAGUCGAGUUCAAAUACUGGGGGAUGCAGAACAAGAUUGAGAGAUUUAUACAUGACAUAGGUCUAAGAAAAACUAUGUUACGAGCUCACAGACAAGCCUGGUGCUGGCAGGACGAGUAUUACGGACUCAAACUCAGUGACAUCCGGCGGCUAGAACUGGAAACUCAAUUAGCUCUAGCGGAGAAAAUGAAAUUUACUUCAGAGGAAGAAGCCGAAGGGGAGAAUGAGACAGAGGUCAAAGAAAUGCCUAAAAUCCCGAUCUCCACCUCAUUUGACCAGGCUGCAGCCAUUAAGCGACAGGCAUCUGACCCUGAUUACCAGGGGAAAAUCACUCCGGAGGGCAGGAAGCCAUCAUCAGGGACCAUACAUAAACGCUCCCUUAGUGGAUCAGUAAAACACAAAGGAGGAUCUUUCCAUGACAUUUCUACCUCCCGGAUGUUCGAGAGCCUGGAACAGCUUCAGGAAUCCAGCUCUGAGGAUGAGGAAUUCUUUGACGCAAAAGGGCACCUGUCUCCGUGCGACGAGAGUGCAUUCUGGUCUGAUGAAGGAUCAGACUCGGCCCCUAACUCAGAUGAGGUAGAGAAGCAGGAUGCUUUGUCCAACACGUCCGAGGACCAGAUAGACACAUCCCUUGUAAAGAAGAUGGAACACUUCCGCCAGCAACAUUUCAAUGUGGAGCAGAAUAAGGAGAUCUCCCCUCCCCCCUCGGCGGGCUGUAAGACCAACGUCCUGUUCCUGGUCCUACAUGGAGGAAAUUUGCUUGACAUGCAUAUUGACCAUGUGCAAGCUUCCAAGAGAAGUGACUUCAGCACGAUCAAGUCAACAUUUGAGCAGGUGAUGAGGACCCAUUACCCUGGUGCUGUGGGUCACAUCGCAUUUAGACUGGUAUCCUGCCCUCAGAUCUGUACAGAAACUGUCAACCUUCUUGCCAGUCUCAGUCCUUAUGGAUAUGAUUCCCAAACCCCCAAGUCCCAGGAUGCAUCAUUCUGGACCCAGGAUUUUGUACCUCUUGGAGCCAUUGCUAUGUUUGCAUCCUCUAAUCCAGAAUAUCAUGAAUGUGUCAAUAAAAUGGUGGCCAAGGCAAACCUGGUGUAUCAGGACUUUCUCAGCUCAGGGGAGGGCAAGGGAUUUAAUGGACAGGUGUGUCUGCUGGCGGAUUCCACCGGGUCCUUGAUGGCGUAUGAUGCCCUGACAAUGUCUGGUCUUCACUACGGGAGAGGAAUGAGUACAUAUGACAGUAACAACAGUCUUAAUGAAAGCAACCCGCGGUGCUCCAUCGUAAGGACUUCUGAAUCCAGCCAGCAGUUAAGUAUCAGUGACCCUGACCUCUCUAAGUGCUGUGACCUCAAAGACUGUGUGUGUAACACUGUAAUGUCUGACAAACAGUUAAGUAAGAGUGACACACUGUCCACAGACUACAAACUGCGAAGGCAGAACUCGACCCAGAGACAGUCAGGGACCCACCUUCACGUUAAUGAACCCCCUGAGCAUGUCAGGCGCACCAGCACGGGGAGUAACUUUGAUGGAACUUAUCUCAAGCUGGACUUUGAGGUGUCUGAGUUCUUUAUGUUGGGUGCCCCUCUGGGUCUUGUGCUGGCCUAUAGGAGAAUGACCAUGGGGGAGGAUGCCCCACCCCAAGGUCCCAUGUGCAAUCAGGUGUAUAAUUUGUUCCACUCCAGUGAUCCUGCAGCAGUGAGACUGGAGCCUCUUAUUCACGAUUCAUUCAAGCUUAUUCCACCCGUAAAGAUCUCAAGGUACAACAAGUUCCCUCUAGGAAAUGGAGAACCUAUCCAUGUAGUGGAGACGGUACAGAGUAAUCUGAAUUUGUUCACCAAUCGUCGCUGUUCAUCAGGUCCUCUGUUACAGAGACAGGGGAGCAUCACCAGUAACAUAUCUCAGAUGUCUGGACUGGGCGAGUCCACUGUGUCCUUCAUCACCAAUGUUACAAGUCGGUGGUGGGGCAAUAAGAGAGUUGACUAUGUCCUGUAUUGCCCUGAGGUCCUCCAUACAUUUCCAAUCUCCGCCCUUCCACAUCUCUUCCAUGCCAGUUUCUGGGAAUCCUCUGAUGUCACUUCCUUUAUCCUGCGUCAGGUGCUGCGGUACGAUUCAUCACUGUGUGAGCACAUAGGUGAUGAUUUAGAUCUACAAUCCAGUCUGAUUGGGAAGUCUGCACGGGAAAAAUGGCUAAAACGAAGAACAACCAUAAAGGUCAAGAAUUUACAUCCUAAUCACAGAGGAAACGAUGUUAUGGUGCUGGAAGAUAAACCCCAGGUCAUCACAGCAAGGUUCAUGUAUGGGUCAUUUGAUGUUACGUCAUUGUCAGGCGAGAAAGUUGAUGUUCAUGUGAUGGACCAACUCAAUGGAGAAUGGCAGUACAUGGGAACUGAUGUCACAGACAAAAAUGGAAAACUUCAGUUCACAAUUCCAGCCAGUAAAAGUCUACCACAGGGCAUGCAUCCAGUCAAAGUGGUGGUCAGGGGUGACCACAGUUCAGCUGACUUUUACCUGUGUGUCCUCCCCCCUAAAACAGAGACGGUUGUAUUCAGUAUUGAUGGUUCCUUCACGGCCAGUAUGUCCAUCUCAGGGAAGGAUCCAAAAGUUAGACCAGGGGCGGUGGAUGUUGUCAGACACUGGCAGGAGCAUGGCUACCUGAUCCUGUACGUGACAGCUCGUCCAGACAUGCAACAUAAGAAGGUUGUCUCCUGGCUUGCAAUGCAUAACUUUCCCCACGGAAUGGUAGCCUUCAUGGAUGGUCUGUCAAAGGAACCCCUGAAACAGAAACUAGCAUACCUCAAAUCCCUACAAUCUGAGGCUCAGCUGCUGUUUAAGGCAGGUUAUGGCUCCAACAAGGAUAUCUAUGUCUACAAGGAACUAGGCCUCACACCCCAACAGAUAUAUAUAGUAGGAAAGUCCUCUAAAAAACACAUGGCCCAUGCUCAGGUGCUGAGUGAGGGAUAUGCCGCCCACCUGAGUGACCUUCGUGCACCUGGAACCACCAGACAGGCAGUGGGCAAUGCCAGACUCUUCAUCCAGAAAGGAGUGUUUACCAAGACAUUCAAGUCGGAAGGUAAAAAGGCUGUGAAGAGGGUAUCUUCUAACCCGACCCCUGCAGGGGAUUUUGUAAAUAAACAUGAUGGACAUUUACAUACAACAAUAUCAGUAGCUCCAGAGGGACACACCAUCAUCCAGCAAGGGGGCGCCACCAGUAUCAGAACCCGGGGGACGUCUCCAAAGGCAAAAAUGACACUUAAAGAUGUUCCUAGAUAAUGAAUGUUACACAAGUUAAUCUCUUUUAUAUGCUUCCAUAAUAUUGAUAUAGUAUAUUUUGUGAUAACGAAGUUAAUGUGUCAUUUUUGUUAUUGUAUUAAGAUUAGCGAAUCUUGAACUUUUUACCUUUAGAGAGAAAAUGCCCAAUAGCUUAGAAAAAUAUUUGUAUCUCUAGAUUUUAGAGUGUUUCUGUCAUAUUUAGUUGAUAGCAUAGUAGAAAAAAAGAUUUUUACAGAAAGAGUAAUAAAAUAAAUGUUUAGCUAUAAGAACAAGGUGCUUAUAAGAUGUUCAGGAAGUCCGGAGAGUCGAGACAUUUACACAAAUUUUCCUUUGGGCAGAAAACAUACUUCCCUAUUUUUUUCCUCUCAGUAUUACCUAUUAUUUUAUAGUCCUUUAUUGCCUACCCUUUUCAGGCUCACUUUUGUUACUUUUUUUUUUAAAUAUACAGUUAUAUAUACAUUUAAUUUUUAGUUUAUUGACUAUACUAGUCUUGUUGAAUUUGGAAGACUGGACAUGAAAAAAAAGUCUUUGUCAUUUUUUUAAGCCUUGCAGUCUAUAUAUGUUUUAGAAUCCGGGCUGUGAUACACAUGUACUUCAGAGUGAUAGCAUAAUUUCAGCAGAUCUUUGACACAAAUUUUUAUUUCUAAUAAGAUAUAUUUGUACAUGUAUUUACUUUUCAAAAUAUGUUUCAGAAAUGUUUUGAUUUUUUGCCUGGAUAUGAGACAAUCAUUUUUCCCUCAUAAGGAACAGUGUUAGAAAUUCUAUGUCUCAGUCACUUUUAUUAUUAUUUACAUGCAAGGUUAUAUGUAAUAAAUCAUGAGGGAGAGGAUUUAUUUUAAUAAAAUCCUCUUCUUGAGAUAAUUACUGUAUAUGUAGGUAUUUAAAGGACUACACUAAAACUCUUUUAGUAUGAAUAUGGAUGUAGCAAACUAAUGGAUAUAGCCAAGUUUUUCGGGGACCCCGGCAAAAUUCUUGAAAAUUCUUUGUAAAAUUUUAUGGUUUUAACAAACUUUGAUAUAACAAAUUUACAGAUAUAGCCAACUGAUUUUGAGUGGGGGUUAAAUAUGAUGAAAUUUACAUCUUUUUAAAUGAAUUUUCAGAGAUCUCAAAGUUUGAUAAAUUGAACUGACUUUAUUUUCAUUAAGUAUUUGUUUAAAGAUUCAAUACAUUGUUCAUAGUUAUCCAAUGUAUGUUUUGUAAUAAUCACUUUUCUAACAUAUUCUGUAGUAAUACUUGAGGGAAAAUGUGCAUAUUGUGAAUUCGCUAUAUAAAGUUAUACAUAUUCAUUAUACUGAUGUAAAGAAUUAAGGAUAUAGCGAAUUAAAUUCACUGGUCCCCAGGACUUCACUAUAAGGAGUUUUACUGUAUAAAACAAAGUUUCUUAAGCAGCAGAAAAAUGUAUCACCUCUGGGUGGAUACAUGAAAGGUCGGUUCUCUCAUUUUCUGAUUGGUCAGUUGAAAUCAUGUGAUCAUUGUUUCUACAAAUGUUAUUAUUUUAUGAUUGGUAGAUCCAAUGAAGGAAGGUUUUGUUACAUGUUGCUUUUUAAGAAUUACUUUGUAAAUCAAAGGGUGAUUUGUUUAUUCAUUGAAAAACAAGAAUAAAUCUUAUAUCAUUUUGAUGUGUAUUGUGUAUUUGACAUUGUACUGAAUGAUUGAUUAUUUUUAUUCUUAAAAAGAAAUAUUGCAUUAUUUGUUAGUCAUCUAGAAUUUUAUUUUACGUUAUACAAUUUGUGAUAGAAAAAUCUGUUGUUAAAUUCAUGUUUUUACCAAAGCAAAGAGAGCUGUUUUCUGUUAACAUUUAAACUAAAGCUGAUUAUUAUUAUUUAAAAAUAUUGAUUAUGUGUCUUUCCUCAAGUCUAUAUAUCACAAUUAAAAUAUCACAAAUUUUGUUGGCUUUUAUAAAAAUUAAAUGGACAGCAUUUAAGGCAAGUAGAAGACAUUCAGAAAUAAGUAAUAGACAUGCUCAGUAUGAUUAAAAGAGUAAAAUUAUAUUUUUUGUAUAAAUUUAACUUUUAAUGUUGUAAUUUUGACUUUGGAAAAUUUAAUAUUCAGAUAAGCCUAGAUAAAUAGUUGGUUUCCAGUUCCCCAUCUGACCCUAAAAUAUAGGAGCCGACCCUGAAAUUUUUUCCUGCCAAUACCUUUCCAGUAGUAAAAUAUUCCAGUUUUACAAUUAGAAAUCCCAAUCUUGAUCACUUCUGUGUUUGAGAAAUGCAUAAUCACAUUGAUCUGAAAUAUUUUUGACAUUGAUUUCCCUGAGGGAAAAUGUGCCUGCCAAUAAAAUGUUAAAAUAAAAAAAAUGUUUUCCCUAACUAUACCUAUUUUUUCUCAGGUUGGAAUAGGAAACGCACUAUUUAUCUUGGCCUUAUCACAUGUCUUUCAUCUACAAAAAAUUAACCUCGUAUCACAUGACUUUGAUCUAUAUAUAAGAAAUUAACAUCAGAGAUACUUUGUUUAUUAUUUCUUGUUAUAUAUCCUGUGGGUAUCCUAUAUAUUGUGUGCUAAUAUUGCAUUUCCAGAAAUCUUGGUUGAAAUUGCUUCCUAAAAAAAAAAUUCAAGAUAUCUAUGUUGAAAAUAUAUAAAUGUUCCUGUUUUCUAGAAUUGUUAUACCAAAUAAUGUUGUACAUUUCAUGUUUGGUAAAUAAACAAAUCUAUUUAGACAAAA